GCCGUCGCUGCGUGUCAUUGGAGGAGCGGCGGGCGCGCCGGCCGCCCAUUGGCCCGGCGGCCGCGUCAAUCCCAAGUCGGGCGGAGGAAGGCCGGUUGAGGCUGGUGGCGGCCCUGGGAGAGAAAGUUUGAAGAAAGAUCGAGAAUUGGCGUAGCGGAGCACAGCAAUGGCAGCCAUCCGUAAGAAACUGGUGAUCGUAGGGGAUGGAGCCUGCGGCAAGACCUGCCUCCUGAUUGUCUUCAGCAAGGACCAAUUUCCAGAGGUGUAUGUGCCCACCGUCUUUGAAAACUACGUGGCGGACAUUGAAGUGGACGGGAAGCAGGUGGAAUUGGCCCUCUGGGACACAGCUGGCCAGGAGGACUACGACCGCUUGCGGCCUCUCUCCUACCCCGACACGGACGUGAUUUUGAUGUGUUUUUCCAUCGACAGUCCUGACAGUUUAGAGAACAUUCCGGAGAAGUGGACCCCGGAGGUGAAGCACUUCUGCCCCAACAUCCCCAUCAUCCUGGUGGGAAACAAGAAGGACCUGCGGGGGGAUGAGCACACACGGAGGGAGCUGGCCAAGAUGAAGCAGGAGCCAGUGAAGCCAGACGAAGCGAAGGACAUAGGGAGCCGGAUCAACGCCUUCGGCUACCUGGAGUGUUCUGCCAAGACGAAAGAGGGGGUGCGCGAGGUCUUCGAGCUGGCCACGCGUGCGGCCUUGCAAGCCAAGAAGACCAAAAGCAGGAGCCCGUGCCUGUUGCUGUGAAGUUGCUGCAGCACUGAGGGAUCUACCAGCAUCCUAAACCCCACCCCCUGUACCCACCGAAUUUCCGUGUCUCAGUUCUUUCCCUCUCUCCUCUGUACCCACUUUCACUCUUGCUCUCUCCCUCUCUCUUGCCUUUUUCUCUUCCCCUCCUUUUAUCUCGUCUCCUUCCUCGCCUUCCUCUUCAUCUUGUAUCUCUUCCUGUUUCUCCCCCCCCCCCCACCCCCGUCACUCCCUCCCCAUCCACCACCGGCAUUCUCCCGGAUUCCUGUCUCCACCUUUCACCGGAUUUUAAUUACCUACACGUGUCCCGCCUCCCACCGAAUUAGUGAAGGAAUUUUCUUUUUAAAUGUUCCUUUCAUUUGAGUCACUUGGUUUUCCAGCAAUCCUGUUUGGCCCCAGCCCCCUCUCCCUUCCCCUGGACCACCAGCUCCAUGGCUCGCACACGGAUCUGUGGCCUCAGGUGCAGCUGAGCCCAGGGAUCGAGCCACCUCUCCCCACCUCCUAUUUAGUGUGGCACUGGUAGUUGAAACUCCUGCCUCCUCGAGGGCUGCUCGCCUGAGGCCCUUCCUCACGAACAGAAGAAGCACGUGGUGCUUCUUGUUUGUGCCUGCCCCUCAGGGCUCUGUUCAGAACUGCAGCUGACUGAGUAGACUCUCGGGGAAAGACGGGGUGGAUAUCUCUUUAUCUCUCCCGCUGCCUUCUUGGAAGGGGGUAGGGGAAGGAAAGAACUUCUGUGGACAAAUCCUCAGGACUGCUGGCAGGUUGCCUGUGCCCCGCUGGGCUCCCACCGUUCCCGGCUGGGAUCACGGUGUGCCAAUCACCGUACCGUGCCUCGCCAAAUGCCUGUCUUCCCGCUUGGGCUCCAAUACACCCCCCACCAGAGCAGGUUUCGAACUAAGGUCCUCCCCUCCCAGUUUGCCUGUGCAUCUGGGACACUACCCUCCCCCCACCCACCAGAGUGUUAUAGCCUUUGUGCACGGACUGGCUGGGAGUUAAAAGGAGUGUGUCUGGCUCCCUGUCUGUCACCUCCUGGAUGUGGCAAAGUCAGCGUCCUUUCACUCCUCAUGUGCCACACUCCAUAGCAGGCAGUCACAGGAUGGUCAGUGUAUGCCCAGCGUAACGGGAGAUAAUUGAAGCCCCAGUGCCUGACCACUGCCUUUUUAUACCAAUCAGAACCUGCCUUAAGAAUAGCCAUUGCCUCCCCUCAGCCAUCUUGGAUUGUUUAGGGAAUGGUAUUAAAUCUACGCUGCAAGUGUAGAGGGAGACAUCCCUGGGUGAUGGGACGGUGUGGAGGGAGCUUCACUCUGGGUCUGACCUCAUGAGUGUUUGAUGGGACGGUGUGGAGGGAGAUUCACUCUGUCUGACCCCGGGAGUGUGUGAUGGGACGGUGUGGAGGGAGAUUCACUCUGUGACUGUCCCCGGGAGUGUGUGAUGGGACGGUGUGGAGGGAGAUUCACUCUGUGUCUGACCCCGGGAGUGUGUGAUGGGACGGUGUGGAGGGAGAUUCACUCUGUGUCUGACCCCGGGAGCGUGUGAUGGGACGGUGUGGAGGGAGAUUCACUCUCUGUCUGACCCCGGGAGCGUGUGAGGGUCGGUGUGGAGGGAGUUUCACCCUGUGUCUGACCCCGGGAGUGUGUGAUGGGACGGUGUGGAGGGAGAUUCACUCUGCCUCUGACCCCGGGAGUGUGUGAUGGGACGGUGUGGAGGGAGAUUCACUCUGUGUCUGACCCCGGGAGUGUGUGAUGGGACGGUGUGGAGGGAGAUUCACUCUCUGUCUGACCCCGGGAGCGUGUGAGGGUCGGUGUGGAGGGAGUUUCACCCUGUGUCUGACCCUGGGAUGGGACGUGUGAUCGGACGGUGUGGAGGGAGGCCAGUUGAGGAUCAGUCCUUACUGUUUCAGGGCUUCAAAUCCCACCCAGAUCUUACCGACCUGCGGGAGAAAGAGGGUCUGGUUUAAUAUUCACUGGUAAAGUUUUAAGCCUGUGCACUUUUGCACUUCAAAGUGUUUCUCACCCACCCCCCACUACAAGUUCUUGUGCCUGGUCUAUGGCAUCCCAGUUUCUGAAAGGGGAGGGGAUACUUUUGGGGUGUGUGUAUGUGUCGGUGCAUCUGGAGCUUUCUAUUCGAAAUGUUUACUCUCAGUAUUAGUUGCUUUGUUUUAUUCUGUCCCUCGGGCAAUGCCAACACUUGUCUCCUCCCUUUCCAGGACUGGCAGCUCUUCCCCACCCCUUACCCCUUCUCCCACCCGGAGCCUAUAACACAGUUACCGCCGACCAGUGGGGCCAGAGCCCGUCACUCGGAAGCACCAUGCCCACUUGCGGGAAGCGGACGCUGUAUGACGCCCGAGAGGGCGGAUUGUCCCUUCCCUCACACGAAAGAGGUGAAUCCCUUUACCCCCUCCUCCCCCACCAGCAACUCGAUGCAGCAGUCCAAGGAGAGCUACCUGUCCUCUUUCCCAAUGUUUAUACUCUCAUUCAAUUAUUACUGAACUGUAAUUUAUUCAUUUAAUAAAAAGAAGUAUCAUUUGGAAUAUCUUUGUAAAUUUCAGAAGGAGAAGUGUGUGUGCAUUUGUAUUAUUACAGAAAUAAAAGAGAUGGCAGUAUACUAAACAGGA